GCGUAGUUUAUACAGACACAUUUGCUGCAUAUUCUUGCUUAGCAGCAUCACCUCGUCCAGUUUCCAGCCUUAGAUGGAUACAUACCUUUGGCUGUAGAGGACUGUUGGGCUGUCCGGUGAAGCAAACCCGCCAUGCGUGAAUACAAGCUCGUGGUGUUAGGCUCUGGAGGUGUGGGCAAGUCCGCUCUGACAGUUCAGUUUGUACAGGGAAUCUUUGUGGAAAAAUAUGACCCUACAAUAGAAGACUCGUACAGAAAGCAAGUGGAGGUAGAUGGGCAGCAAUGUAUGCUUGAAAUUCUCGACACAGCAGGCACAGAGCAGUUCACGGCGAUGAGGGACCUGUACAUGAAGAACGGCCAAGGCUUCGCCCUGGUAUACUCCAUCACAGCACAGUCCACCUUCAACGACCUGCAGGACCUGAGAGAACAGAUUCUACGAGUAAAGGACACAGAGGAUGUGCCGAUGAUCUUGGUGGGGAACAAGUGCGACUUGGAGGAUGAGCGUGUGGUGGGGAAGGAGCAGGGCCAGAACCUGGCCAGACAGUGGAACCACUGUGCCUUUUUAGAGUCCUCUGCUAAGUCAAAGAUCAACGUGCUCGAUAUCUUCUAUGACCUGGUCAGACAGAUAAAUAGGAAAACGCCAGUGGAAAAGAAGAAGGCGAAAAAGAAAUCCAACUGUGUCCUGCUUUAAAAGACCCCCUCCAGCCCCUGCAGCAGCUCUGAGCCAGAAAUGCUGUAAUGAAGAACUGUUGCUCUGAUUGGAAACGUCCAGCAUUCCAACANCCCCCACCCCACCCCUC